CCCCCCCCCCCCCGCAAACCCGCCCUUCUGCACCCCGCGUGUCUCACUGUGCCCGCCCGUCCGCCCCGUCCAGCGCCGCCGCCGCCUUUCUGGAUGCCGCCGAUAUGAAGGCCGCCACCCGCCUGCUUCGCUUGCCGACGACUCUGCUGCUGGUGCUGGCGGGCGCUGUCGCAGCCGGCGACACAAUCACGGCGGGCAAGAUCAAGGUGCAGCUGUUUGCCGCGCCCUCGUUCCUCAGCGAGGUCAGCGUCGACGCGUACAACAACCAGUGCCUGUCACUCGACAACAACCUCAUCGACGGGCGCGUCCAGAGCAUCUUGGUCGGCGGCCACGACGUCGCCAGCGUGCUGCAACGAGACGACUACUGGAAUUGCCGCUUCUACGACAAUUAUGACUGCAGCGGCGACACCAACAUGGACCAGUACCUCGCCAUUUCGGACGGUGUCAACAAUCUCGGCAGCAUAGGAUGGGGGACCAAGAUCCACGGAGUAAAGUGUCGCAAUUUCGCGUCGCCCGACGAUUGAGCCCACGCCAACCGACGAGAAAGAGGACGAGGACGAACGAGGACACGGAGCAGCACACAUGUCCGCCAACACAUCAACAUCGACGACGAUGAGAACGGUCGCCACACACGCACGCGCGAAACCCCCACAAACCCACACACACACCACCGUCGGCAUACCCGCGUCGCGGAUAGUGCCCAGUGCACGCGGAGGAGCCGACGAAGAACAGCCAGCACAUAGACAUGGCCUAGCACAUAAUGUCUUAGCAAGGACGUAAGCAAAGAGAUCGGGGUGGUUAUACGAGGUGUACAUGCAGG